AUGGCACCGCGGCCCAGGUCAAGCGCGGGCGACUCGCCGCGACAGAGCGCGCAGAGCGCGCUCAACGUAGAGCACGACGCGCACCGCGACAGCAGCGAGCGCGGCGCGCUGCUGCCGCGCGACCGCCGCGCCGCGCCCGUCCCCGUCGGAGUCGCCCCAAACGACGAUGAGGUCGAGGCCGUCGUGCGGAAGCUCAACCGCAGGAUCCUCCCGAUCCACUUCGCGCUGGCGCUCAUCUGCUACCUCGACCGCGCCAACCUCGCGUUCGCGGCCCUCCAAAUGAACCACGACCUGGGUCUGUCCAAGGCGGACUACGGCCUCGGCAGCGGUCUGUUCUUCGUGGGCUACGCAGCCUUCCAGCUCCCCAGCAACAUCGCCCUCUCGCGCGUCGGCGCGCCCGCCUGGCUCGCGACCAUCAUGUGCGUCUGGGGCGUCCUCGCAACGGCCAUGGCCGGCAUCCGCGGCAUCGGGUCCUUCCUCGCGCUCCGGCUCCUCCUCGGCGCCGCAGAAGCCGGGACGUUCCCGGGAAUCUGGUUCCACCUGUCCUGCUGCUUUCCGCCGGAACACGUAGGCGAAGCGUACACCAAGGUCGCGACCGUGACGGCGGUGUCGGCGAUCGUCGGGGGGCCCGUCGCAGCGGCGCUGAUGCAGCUCGACGGCGCGUGGGGGCUCCGCGGCUGGCAGUGGCUGUUCCUGCUCGAGGGCCUCCCUUGCAUCGUGAUGGCGGGGGUGGUGUUUCUCGGACUCCCCCACAGCCUCGGGCGGACGGGGUUCCUCUCGGACGGCGAGCGGAGGCUGCUCGAAGGCCUUAUCGCCGCCCGCGCGGCCCGGAACAGCGGCAGGGAGGACGAGGGCGCGAAGCGCGAGGGGCUGCGCGCGCAGCUGGCGCGGGUGGGCGCGAACGCAGCGGUGUGGCACCUAGGGACGGUGUGGGGCCUGGCCGAGUGCACCCUGUACGGCGUCAUCUUCUGGAUGCCGCUCAUCAUCGGCGACGCGCUCGGACGCGAUGCGGCCGCGGACGGCGGCGGCGGCAACGCGCCGACGCACCAUGGAGUGGCGGGGACGGGAAUGGUGGCGGUGCUGUCGUCGAUUCCGUUCGCGGCGGCGAGCAUAUCGAUGCUGUACGUCGCGCGGCGGUCCGUGGUGAAGGACGAGCGCCACCGGCACACCUCGUACCCGCUGUGGGCCGCCGCGGCGUGCCUCAUCAUAUUUGUACCCCUGGGGGGUGUGUUGGGGUGGGGGCUGCUGUCGUUCGUGGCGCUGACGAUCGCCGCGGGCGGCGUCUGGGCCAUCCACGGCCCGUUCAUGAGCUGGCCUGGGAUGGUGCUGCACGGGUCGGACAAGGCGCUGGGCAUAGCCGUGAUCAACAGCGUCGGGGCGAUCGGCGGGUUCGUGGGACCGUAUCUGAUUGGGGUCCUUGCACAUGGGCGGGGGGACUAUUCAUUGGCGUUCGCGGUUCUGGGCGUUCUGCUGAUAGCGAGCGGGGCGCUCGCGUGGGCGUUCAAGGAGCCGCCGCUGCUCCUGGACGAGGGCGCGUCAGGGGCGGGGGGGAGUCCUGCAGAGAGCCCCCACCGGCUGCACCCGCAGAUGUCGGCCGGAGGGAUCGACCCGUAG